CUCCCGCCCGAUAUUACCUCGCUGUCCAUCACCGCAUGGAGAGCAAGCUGUAACCGAAUUCUCCUGCACUUCCGGCCAGCUCGCUCCCGCGGGCCCCGCCGUCAUCAGCCCCCAUGGACCCGCGAGACCAGACAUUCAUAACCAUCCACAACCUCACCCCCGAUGCCAACAUUCUCUUUGCGUCCGAUUCGAUCCUCGACAUUCUGGGGUACCAGCCCGACGAGGUCAGGGGGAAGUCAGCGUUUGACUAUUUCCACCCCGACGAGGUGCCGUUUGCGCGUUCGAUCCACAGCCGAGGCGUCCUGCUAGACAAGGCCGCCGUCCUCCACUACGCCCGCAUUCUUUCCAGAACCGGCCAGUGGGUCAGCUGCGAAUGCUGCUUCACCGUCGUGCACAAUGUCUUGGUGGCGUCGACGAGCAUAUAUUUUAAGGGGGCGAGGAGUGAAAGGAGGGCGAGGGACGCGCCCCAGGUCCGCCGCAUAUUCUCCACCUCGCCGCGGGAUCCUCGAUACCACAUGCUGGAACACCUCUCGCCGAAGUUCGAAAUGCCUCCCAUGGAGCGGGAACCCCGUGCCGCGCUUAUUCUCAACCGGUUCACUCGGAACCUGACCAUCAUGUACGCGACAGAUGCUGUCAUCCAAAUUCUGGGGCUACGGCCGGCUGAGCUCCUGGAGCGGCCCUUCUACGAGUGCAUCCAGCCCAACUGCCUCGAAGAAGCUGAAAGGUGUUUGGAAAGCGCCAAGGCGAACGAGUCGAUUGCCUACUUGCGCUUCUGGUACAAGGACCCGCGAAUUGACUUGAGCGAUGCGGAAAACGAGGAAGAGGAGGAUGAAGCUGACGACCUGGAGGACGAAGCGGAAGAAAGGAGCUGCAGUCCUGACGGAAGCGAACUGGACGUCAAGGAUGUCAAGGUCGGGGAUGAUGGCAUGGACAUUAGCGAAGAGCCGGCUGCACGGGGCGUUGACGGCGGCCGCGGCGGCGGAGGGAGCGAAAGCGGGGGUGCCUCAAGCGCUCUCCGUGCCUCAAUACCGCGCGAGCGUCGUCCGCAGGCGCCCCGGACAUUCGAGCUCGAGGCUGUCGUCUCCUGUACGUCAGACGGGCUGGUCGUGGUGUUGCGCAGAGCGCGGCCCCCUAUACUGGACCCACAACCACCUGUGCUACCUGCGCCCUUCAACUUCGAGAACGGCCUGUUCGCGGCGCCGUGGGGUCUCCAGCCGAUCGAACCUUACUUCCCACCUGAGCUCCUCUACACAUUCCGCCCGCCGUUCCUGCCGCAGUACAUGCCGUUGCGCGAGUGCGUCAAAGCGGCGGGCGGGCCACCUUUCGAUCAGCUGAUGCGGUCGAUACGGGACGUGGCCGUCUUUGCCUGGGCAGUAACCGGCAUCAACGGGACGCUCGCCAGCUACGGCCAGGGCCGACCCAUGCUCGGCGCCCAACCGGUGGAUGGGCUGCCGGUCUGGGAGCCGGACACUCGGCCGACCACAUAUCCGCCUCCCGCAGACCAGACACCAACCCGAGCGGAUGGCGCCAGCGACCUGGCCAAGGACCCGCCCUUCGGCCGCGGCAGCAUCUACCCCGCCGAGUCCCCCAUGCACGCCUACCGCACCCGACACGCGUCCCUCGACGAGGGGAUGUACAACACUACCACCAGCAGCAUCAUCAGCAGCAGUAGCAGCAGUAGCGGCAGCCGGCCAGCGCUGUGGGGCGCGCCGUCAACCCCGGCCAGCGCCACCUUUCCAUACACCCACGCCAGCAGCACCAGCAGCGGCAGCAGCAGCAGCGGGUACGAGCGGGGGCAAUAUCCGCAGCACCGCCGCCCGCCGCUGCGCCCGGCCUUCUCGGUCGACGCGCUGCAGGACCACGCGCGUCACCAGCAGCAGCAGGCCUCCUCCACCACCUCCUCCUCCGCCUCCUCCAACGCGACCUACGUGCCGACCAUGUCGUGGUCUGAGCCGGCGGCCGCGGCGAGGAGGACGUGCGCGCCGAGCUACGGCGGCGGGGCGUCUGCGGGAGGCCCGUCGUCGUCGGCGGCGGCGAGCGUGGGCGAGUUGUCGGGCCGCGGCGCACAGGCGGGGAGGUACUUCUGGUAGUCCGUCCCAGCAGGCUAUGGUCGUGGCAGUGUGAGUUGGGUGUUUGUUUGGUGGGGUGGGUAUUAAUAUUGCGGGCUGGCGGUAGAUGCAGGCGCUGGAUGGGUUUGAAUUGCCCGCCGUGGAAAUCAUGACGUCCGUGUUGUGCUUUUUGACAUUAACGGGACGGCAAGGGGGAGAAGAAGGGCGGGAGGAAUCUGGCUCAGCGGCUAUCUGCGACAAGGU